UACUGCAGUUUAGAGGAGAGGGAACUGAGGCUUGGAAUGAAGGAGCUGAUUGAGAUCACCCAAUGAGCUAGUGGCAAGCUGGGGCCAGCUCUUUCUGGCCCCAGAGGCCCUGAUUUAAACUGUACGAACUGAGUCAAGAAUAGGAAGCACCAUAUAAGAUUUUCGUGAGGAGGUGCCACAUGUUUGCACUAGGAAGGUCCUCUCUGAAUCCUUCCCACCCCUGUCUUUCAGGCUCUGUCCUGCCCUCUGACCCUCAGCACUGUAAUCCGCUGAUGGCCUCCUAUCCUCAGUGACUCAACAAUUCAAUCAAAAUCUAUCAGUAUCCAUGACUGGGCAUUGGGAGGGAAUAGGGAGGCAACAGUCCUGUUUCAGUUGGUCACCAUGCAUUGGAGAAGAGGGCGGGGCCGCGGGCUUAAAAAACCGGAACCCACCUGGGCUGGACGCAGCCCUAGAAGCCUCCUCAGACCAGCUCUCUGCACCCAGCCGGCUCUCAGGUGAGCUCAGGAGAAGCCUCUCAGACUGGUCCUGCGUGCCGCUGUGUCAUGGAGGGAGUGACCCGGGCCCUUCUCCUCCUGUUGGCUGGACUGCCUGUCUUGGAUGCCAGCGACGUGGUUGAUAAAGACAGUCCCUUCUACUAUGACUGGGAAGGCCUGCAGCUGGGCGGGAUGAUCUGUGCGGGCCUCAUGUGCAUCGCUGGACUCUUGUUUGCCCUGAGUGGCAAAUGCAAAUGCAAGAACAAGCAGAAGCACGGCUCCUUACCUGAGAAAGCUGUUCCACUCCUCACUCCAGGGCCCUUGAUCAGGAUACAUAAGCAGGGUGAGGGGACGGUUCGAAGGCUGGCCCAGAGCUACAGCCAUUACUCCAAGAACCUGAGUGGAACUCGGAAUACCUGGCUGAAACUGGAGCCAUUCACUGUCCAAGGUGAGUAGAGGAGCCCUAGUAGG